AGAUAGCGUUCGAUUGCAGACGUAGCAAGACAGUCACCAUGAAGCUAGUGUUGGCAGCGGUUGUCGCCACGUGUUUACUGGGAAUAUGUCUCUCAGAGCCUGCGGCCAAGGCCGACCCUAAAGCCUUUCCCUACGCUUUACCAGAAGCACUUGCCAAAGCUUUCCCUCAGGGUGCCGUCAAUGACCUGUUGACUGGCCUUAGUACUCUCCUGCAGAACUUACUGGCAGCGUUGCUGGGUGGUGGCAUGGCUGCCAUGAUGGGUGGUGGUGGAGGUGAUGGAGGCGAUGGAGGCGAUGGAGGUGAUGGUAGCGGAGGCGGCAGCGAUUGCUGUGGGUGUGACACCUGCGGCUGCGGUUGCUGCGUCCAAACAUGCCUGCCCCAAAUUGCCAGCUUCGCUAGACCGUACAUAUACCGCGGUUAAGACAUAAACAUUUAAUUAAAUAUUUCAUAAGGUUAAAAUUAAAUGUACUCUCUAUUUCAAAAUUAAACGUCUAAUAAAAACAAUAUCGCCUUAACCUAUUCAUAUGUUAAUAUUAAAAUAUUAAAUUUUAUUAAAUAUAAAUAUGUACUACUUAGGUAUGAAAUAAACAGUCUUCUGAGAAGAAACGUUAUUACAAUUUUCAAGCAUAAAAGCCAAAUGUAAAUUAACUUUCUGUUUAAAUUUAAAACAUUUGGUUUAGCUUAUAUAUAAUUAUACGGUGUAAAUUAGUUAAUUUAAAUACUGGACGAUUAAAUGUUUCUUAUGUAACAUGGUAUUUAAAUAUUAUCUCAAUGACGUUAGUUUAUAAUUGAAAGCUUAAGUUAGAACGUGUGUACGAAUUGUAGUAGUAAUAGCAUUAUAAUGAAAUAAAUAUUCAAUGAUGUGUAGUGGAAAUGUAUCCAUUAAACAUUCAAUAGUAUAAUAAAUGUUUAAUCACUAAAAUCUAUGUUAUGUAAAAAUUACAUUAAAAAUUAAUGCAUGGUAUUGUAUUAACUAUUUUACAUAGUCAUAGUUCAUUAAAAGUAAUCUUUAAGAUUAAUUCAUUAAAUUUUGUUCCAGGAUUAUUGUACUCAAAUAAAUGUAUUAAAGUUU